AUGUCACAACCUCGGCGUCCUCUUUUCGACUCCUACGCAAGUGCGAAAGGCUCUCCCGCCCAGCAAAAACCCAACCUACACGCCGAAGCCACGACAGCCGCUCCAAAGCCCGAGCGCCAGGACGAUAGCAACGCCGCGGGCGAGUCGAACAAUGCGACUCAGCACAAGCCCCAGAUGGCACAAAUCGAAGAGGCCAUGAAAUCUCAAUCCGAGGGCCUCCGUCAGACAUCCAGUCGCUUACCCAGCACGCAUACGGAGGUCCCUACCGUCACCUUCCAAACAAUUAUCUUUGAGUGCUCAUCAACACUAUCACCUCGGGAUCUCCAGGCGAUUGCACAGUUUCAGGGACAGCUUGGAUCCCCAAACACACUCGGGGGAGACCCUCCAUACCCUGUGGCCGAGAACAUGGAGAUUUCUCGUCGGAAUGUCCUCUACGAAGACGGCUGUUUUGAUCGCGAGGGGACGGAGAACGCAUUUCGCGAGAACAAAUUAGCCCGAAUUCGAGACAACCAGAGGAGAUCGCGCGCCCGACGGAGAGAAUAUGUCCAGGACCUCAAACGGCGACUCAGAGAAUACGAGACUCAGGGCAUCGAGGCCUCUACCGAGGUCCAGAUGGCCGCGAGAAGAGUAGCCGAGGAGAACAAGCAGCUCCAGGAGCUCCUCAACAGGCAUGGCAUUAGCGACGACCAAAUAACCCGUUUCUUGCAGUCGGGCACCUUGCCACUUGAUUCCAACCAAGGCCAACCCUUUCACGCCGAAGACCCUAGUGCCGCUGUCCAGUCGCUACAACGGCUCCUGAUGCCGCGACAACUGGCCAGUCUAGAUGAAGACUUCUCCUAUAUUUGGGUCGACGACAAGUUCGUCCGUCUGGGAGCCGUCGCAGCUCGUGACGUCCUCGUACGGCUAUCAACAUCACAUGGGCAUGGCUACUGCAGUCAUGGAAUCGGCUGUUCAUUCUCCGUAUCCACCGACAACCCCAUUGAGUCGCGCGAGCACCACGCGACAAGGCUGCGUCUAUGGCGGGCAACCGUCCCCGUCGAUGCACGACAGUCCCGGCCAAGCCAUGGUAACAACACAGCCUACGUCUACUGGCGGCCGUACGGUAAUGCACUUGCAUUAUUCUGUGCCGACUUAUCCAAACGCAGUGGUACCGCAUUAUGA